AGUUACACAAGUUUCUGUUUGACAGAUGCACGGCACCUGGACUCUGCCCACAUAUAUAACACACACUCACUGGAGGUGAAUACAGAGGGGAAAAAAUAAACAAUAAAACCAGUGGAAAAACAACAGCUUACGAUGUAAAAUGUCCAUCUCACUUUUCUUCUCUACGCAAAUGCAGCAAUGGCUGUCAAAAAGGAGAAGAGAAUUGAAACCACAUGAUUGUACAGUGUCUCUCCUUUGUAUUCCUAUGUAUAUAAGAAUUAAUUUUACUAGCUGGUUAGUCUGAUAUUAUUUUGCUAAACACGCAAGUGACAGCGCCCUGCAAGCAACUGUAUGUCUCUCUCUCUGCGUACAAGUCACACAUUAGAGCAAGCUUCAGUUCUGUCUCUCUUUAUCUGUGGCCACACACACACAUAAGAGAGUCCCGCCCACAUACACGCACGAGGAAAAGAAAGAAACGAAACUAAACUGUUUGUAGAGUCCCUUUAACACCGAGCUCCUUGUUCUCCAUGCAAAUGGCAGAUGAACAGGACUCACGCCUGUGCUCCGUUUGCCUCCAGGACCUGCAGGAAAACAGCUGCCCUCGGUGUAAACAGAAUUCCUCAUGCGAGACAGAUCCGGGAGAAUACGAGGCUCCAGCUGCAGAUCUGGAUGAUUCCAAUGCUUCUGUAUCAGAUCCGGACGAAUCUGUUGCUUGUGUUGCAGAGGCACUGGAGAGGACAGGACUUCAGACGGAGCAAGCUGAGGACGUGGAGUGUGACUCUUGCAGUGAUGGGAAAGAGAAAGCCAUCAAGACAUGUCUGGUGUGUUUGGCGUCUUACUGUGAAACUCACCUCAGGUUGCACAAUGAACUGAAUGCGAGGAAAGCACACUUACUGGUGGACAUCACUGGAGAACUCCAAAGGAAGACGUGUCCCCAACAUCACAAGCUCCUGGAGGUUUACUGCCGCACUGACCGCCAGUGUAUCUGCUGCCUCUGCAUGCUGGACACCAACCACAGAGGACAUGACAUGGUCUCGGCUGCUACAGAACGAGCAGAGGAACAGAGGCGGCUGGAAAAGUCCAAGCAGAUGGUUACGGAUCGAGAGACUGAGCUGAAGGAAAUCCAAAAGGCAUCAGGUAGACUCAAGAACCUGACUCAAGCCACGGAGGAAGAAGGUGACAGGAUCUUCACCGAACUGCUCAGCUUUAUACGGACAAGCCACACAGAGAUGAUCACGCUGGUCCAAAGUCAGAUGACCACAGAGUUGAACCGGAUUCAGGGACAUUUGGUAGAUCUGGAACAGGAGAUCUCAAAGUUGAAGAGAAAGCAGUCCGAGGUGGAGCAUCUUUCACAUACUGAUGAUCACAUCUAUUUCCUCCAGGAGGUCCAAUCCCGCUGGCCGACUUGUAAUGACUUCCAAAGCCUGACAACUAAUCCACAGUUUUCAUUUGGAGAAGUGAUCAAGUCUGUCGCCUCAUUAACAGCACAUAUAAAGGACAUUUGGAGACUGGAAACAACCAGGAUAUUCUCAGCAGUGACUGCAGAAAAGAUCCUACUGCUGCAAGAACCCAAGACGAGGGAAGACUUUAUACAGUUUCUGGUUCCCUUGAGUCUGGACCCAAACACGAUCCACAGGAACCUUCGGUUAACAGAACAGAACCAGGCUGUGGCUUGCAGUAUUGAGCCCCAAUCAUACCCAGAACAUCCGGACCGCUUUGAGUGGUGGGCCCAGGUGCUGAGCAAGGAAGGUCUGACAGGUCGCUGCUACUGGGAGGUGGUCUGGAGCGGACUGUACGGCAUCGACCUCGCCGUGUCCUACAAAGACAUCAACAGAACUGGGCAAGGAGACGACAGUGGGUUUGGGUACAACAGGUACUCCUGGAGUCUGGACUGUUCCAUAUUCAGAUACGCACUAGUGCACAACAACGAGGAGACGGAGAUCAGUGUACCCCUGUCCCACCGGAUCGGGGUGUAUCUGGACCACCGGGCAGGACAGCUGUCCUUCUACAGUGUCUCAGAUACCAUGAUCCUCCUUCACAAAGUCCAGACCAGGUUCACUCAACCUCUUUAUCCAGGAUUUGGGCUCUUUCAAGGCUCAACUGCCAAAUUUUGUGAGCCGCAAGAAGGCGUAUCAACGCAAGUAGUUGACAGACCGAAGAACAAAACAAACAAAACUUGUAUAAAACAAAGACACAUAAGAACAGACGUGACUAGAAACAAAUAUCUCAGAUGUGGAAAGUGAGGUGCCAGUAGUCCUGAAUAAAUUAAGGUGAAGAUUUUCAUAUCUUCAAUCGUCAAGAAUCAUUUUAUUUUAAUUUUUUAAAUCACAGGGGGAAAUGGCAUCAUCAGUAGUGCAAAAAAUGAAAUCUGGUAAUAUGAUUUUUUUUUUUUGGUAGCUUGACGCUUUAGGGAUUUUUUUUAUUUUAAGGUACUACACUUGUGUUCUCCAUUUACAUUUGUUAUACAUUUCAUUUAAAACAUUUAAGGCAAAAAUGCAUUAGCUUCACAAACGAGAGCUUCUGAUGUUCAGAUGCGUGAUGUUAUUCAAUGGUAAACUGAAAAUAGGAGGUAGCCUUUCAUACAUGGUUCAAUACUUAAAGUUUUCACUAAUGGAAAUUUAAUUCUUGAAGUUUGCCCAAGAAUUAAAAUUAUGCCCAUUUUUUCUCAUCCCCAUGCUGUCCAAGUCUUUAUGACUUUUUUCCCACAGAACACAAAACAAGAUGAACCAAAGACCAGCUCUUGAAUUUCACACACGUACAUUUUCAAACUUGCUGUACAGGUUUGAGGUCAUCAAGACCAAAUACCACUGAUUCCUGUGCUGGUCUCGUAAAUAAACACAAAUAACCUAGUUUGAAUAUGCAGAAGCAGAAAUGCAAAACAACGUAAUUUUGGGACUUUUCCUCAUGCAUCAUAUGGCUUGGAAUAUAACAUCAUACGGACACUUGUAUUGUACUUUUAUGCUGUUGUUUCAUCCUUUUUGGAGCUUGACAACCCCUAUGCUCAAUAAAGACUUCAACACAAACAAA